UCUCCCUCAAGGUAAUACUCAAGCUGAAACAGGCUGUGUCAGCAGCCCCCUUCCCCUGCCAGACAUCACCCUGAGCCAGAACUCUAGGCUGAGUUACUCCAUGCGCCGCCACAAGAGUACAACUGACCUACCCUACGUCCUGCAGCGUGGCUACACCCGCAACCAGAGGAUCAGCAUCUGUAGCCCUACCGCAGCCGAGCUGGCCCUGCUGAGGCGCUGCUCGCUGUUCGAUACGGCUGGUCGCCCAUGCUGUCGCCAUGCCCUCAGCGUACCAAACAUAGCCAGCCCAAACUCUAGCCCUAUGCGGAGUGCCACAGCUACGCCAUCCCGCAGCGCACUGUGCACCCCAGUGCAGGAGCUGGAGGCCAACACCAAGGCACGCAGCAAGCUGGUGGAAACGGAGAGCGCACAGACACCGACUUGUACACCUGAGGAGCGCGAUCGGCGGCGCUACGUCUCCAAAGAUGGCAAAUGCAGAGUGGACCUGGCACACAUGGCGGAAAGAGAGCGCUUUCUGGCUGACAUGUUUACCUCCUUUGUGGAUCUCCAGUAUCGGUGGUUUCUCUUCGUUUUCAUGAUGUGCUACACAGUCACCUGGUUCAUCUUUGCAGGACUGUACACACUCAAUGCCUUCCUGCGGGGAGACCUCGAGCUUCCACCCAACAGCGCCAGUGAUGUUCCUUUGGGGCGCGAGGUGUGCUACCCCAAUGUAGAUGGCUUCGUUUCAGCUUUGCUCUUUUCUGUGGAGACCCAGCGCACCAUUGGCUAUGGUGCACGCACUGUCUCUUCCAGCUGCCACGAGGGUGUUCUCUUGGUCAUGGCACAGUGCAUUGUAGGCUCCAUGAUUGACGCACUCAUGGUGGGCUGCAUGUUCGUCAAGAUCUCCAGGCCCAAGAAACGCGCUGAGACGCUCCUCUUCAGCCGCACCUGUGUGGUGUCCAACCGGGACGACCAGGUUUGCCUUAUGUUCCGCCUUGGUGACCUGCGUGAGAGCCACAUGGUGGACGCCAAGGUGCGAGCCAAGUUAAUCAAAUCUCGCCAGACAACGGAAGGAGAAUUCCUUCCCCUCCAGCAGUCUGAGAUUGACUUGGGUUAUGAGACUGGUUCAGACCGCCUGUUCCUCGUGGAGCCACAGGUCAUCCAGCACACUAUAGACUCCAACAGUCCUUUCUGGGAGUUAGGGCCUGAGCAGCUGCGUAAACAACAGUUUGAGAUCAUCGUCAUCCUGGAGGGGAUCGUAGAGGCCACAGGAAUGAUGUGCCAGGCUAAGACAUCCUACAUCGAGACAGAGCUUGAAUGGGGUGCUCGUUUCGAGCCGUGUAUGACCAUGGAGAAAGGGGCGUUUCGAGUGGACCUGCGGCGGUUCCACAGUACUUACCCAGUGCCUCUCCUCCUGUGCAGCGCACAUGAAGCUCAACAACUUCAGAUGCUCCAGGCUGGACUUGAGCUGCCUGGGUCUUAUAAAGAAUGUGGAGAAUGUGUUGUUGAUGAAGAAGACCAGGAAGAAGAGACCCUUCGGGCACAAGAGACACGUGUGUUCACUAUUGACAAUAUUCAAGAGCUAAACGAGUCAGAUUCCCAUUAGCUGAAUGAUGUAACUGCUAUGUGGACAUCACGAUCGGUCAAGGCUCUGAAGUUGAGCUUGGCCAAAGUGAGGCCUGUGGUCUUUUAGUGUCGAUUAACCUUCUUUAGAUUUUUUUUUUUUAACAAAAUCAAUGAUAUAGAUAUAUUAGUUAUAUUUAUGGCAUAAGACCUGUAGAGAUCCUGCAUUCUAUAUGAUUAGCAGCUGUAGGAUACUGUAUAAUCAGACUGCCACAUAUUCAGCACAGUUGUAUCUGAAGUUUUGGUAAUUUGUCAGGUGCUGUGCACAACUGACAUUACAUUAAUUAUGUAAAUUACUUACAUGGUACAGGGUAUACAUAUAGAGAGUAAGUAUGUGUAGCUUAUAGUGAAUAUAUACUAUAUUUUAUGUAUAUGUACAUUGCAGAAAAUAAAUCUUUGAUACACUGCCAGUUACAGCACACUUAAUCAAUCGAGAAUGAGUACAACCCCAAGAACAACAUCGCAACCGAGAAACAGGGGUGUGGAAACAUCAUACUUUGGGGGUACUUUUCUACAAAGGGGACAGAAUUUGGACAACAACCCCAAACUUGGUCAAGAACAGGAAAUAUCUGGCCUCUGUUAUU